AACCCAAAAAGAAGAAAUGUCUUCACGGAGCUCCAUGCAUGCAUUUCUAAAGACAGUAAAGAUUGGUUCACGUCUGGAUUUUACUAUUAGGGCUAGCUGUACCUUUCACUGGGUAAAUAGUUAUAGGCGUCUUAUUGUAACUUACCAUAGGUAGGCUAUCGGAGAAAGGCUAGAAUAUGUCAGGGGCAUUAGCAAGACUUUUAUUUUAUCCAACUUUAGCUUACAAUGUUCUAAUGGAGAAAAUAACCUCUAGGCAAUGGUAUAACCGUGUGGAUCAGACUGUUGUUCUGGGGGCCCUUCCUUUCAAAUCAAUGACAGAGGAGUUGGUCCAGAAAGAAAAUAUCAGAGGAGUGAUAACCAUGAAUGAAGAGUACGAGACAAAGUACUUUUGCAAUUCAUCAGAGGAGUGGAGGACAGCCGGGGUGGAGCAACUAUGCCUGAGCACAGUUGACCUCACAGGUGUGCCCAGUAUGGAGCACCUGCAGAGAGGGGUGGAGUUUGCCCUGCAGCAUCGACAGGAAGGCACCAGUGUGUACAUACACUGCAAAGCCGGCCGGUCCCGCAGCGCCACAGUCGCCGCUGCCUACCUCAUCAAGCUUCACUGCUGGAGUCCUGAAGAGGCUUGUCAGAUGUUGGCCUCUGUGCGGCCACAUAUAUUAGUGCGCUCCGCACAGCGGGAGCUGCUCCUACAGUACUAUCAGCAGGUCUGUGCUUCUGGCUCCAGCUAGAGGAGGGACGGAGAAGCCAAAACCACCACAGCAGAAUCAAACUGACUGGUAAUGGGUGCAUUGGGUCCAUCGGAAGGUAUCUUACACUAUCAAUAGCUUGGAUGUAGGUGAACAGAAUGCAAAGGCAAAGUUUUGGGUGCACUUUUUUUUUAAUGAUCCAACAGUUGUUUUUAUAUGGAUGCAGACAUUUUUAUACACCGUUUGUACACACACACUGAGUCAUCAGGCUUCAAAAAUCAGUCAAGUAUGUGAAAAAACUGACUUGUGGUUACCACUGUAUUUAUUGACUGUAUUAAAGAUUGAAGAGGUUAAAGAUGAAAAGACAUUGGAAUCAUGUGUUUUCUUUUCCGAGAAAAUAAAUUGGGAGCGUAUGUAGGAAUGCUCAAAUAUUUGCUAUACUGAAACAAUGCUUAUCCAUACUGGUCGAAACGUUGUGUAAUUAAAUCACUUCGGG